AUGGGCGAUCCACAUACAGCAUGGCUCCACUUCGGACGACAGAGGUUUGAGGAAAUGAGAGGACUCAAUGCCAACAACGAGGCCAUGGUCGACGAGCUUGUCGAUUCCCACGCUCUACGGAGCACGGAGUGCAUCGAUGCCUUCAAGGCCAUCGACCGCGGACACUUCUGGCCAGCUCAAGGAGGCGACUUGGCUUACGCCGACAUGCCGUUGCGCCAUGGCCGCCUUCACUUGUCCGCACCACACAUCUAUGGGAAGGCGCUGGAGUCUCUUAUGCCUCUGCAGCCUGGCAUGUCCUUCCUGAACAUCGGAUCCGGGACGGGCUACUUCAACUCCAUCGUGUCCGAAUUUACGGGGCCCCAUGCAGCCAACCACGGCGUGGAGAUCUGGCCAGAGACGGUGGCCCAUGCAAAAGAACGUGCAGCUGCGCUAGGUAAGACCACCAUACAGUUCACGACUGGCAAUAUCUACCAGCUGAAUGUGAACGAGACGAUGCGCUAUGAUCGGAUAUACAUCGGCGCCUGCGCAAACUCGAGAUCCAAGUACCUCUACAGGCUGCUCGAGGUCGGCGGUGUUCUGAUCGGGCCCUUUCAGGUCGGGCACAGCCAGCAGCUUCGACGGGUAGUGCGACAAACGGAGACCCACUUCUUCGUGGAGGUGCUUGGAUCUGUUCAAUUUGCGUGUCUCGUGGAGCCCACGCAGUGCACUUCGCGAUCUAUGGCUUCAGGUGCUUUUGCCCCUCCGCCACGGACCGGAACUCACACAGAGGAGUUUCACAACUCUGCUCAAAGUGGCACCACGACUCCUGCAACAGUGUCUUCCGGCGAUGCUACCGAUGGCGAUAACCAUCAACUCGUAGGUCUUCCCGGUGUUCCUUUCACCUUCUCUCUGUUGGAAAGUCCUUGGACCCCGGAGAGGAGCUGGCUUUAUCCAGCUUCCUUCAAACAAGCAGUUGCAACUGGGCUCCUAUGCCAGCCGAAGCACAAAGGCAUCGUGGGGCUUCCUGCUGAACUUUGGAUCAAGCACAUCAUCCCAUGGUGCUCAAGGAGAUGGUUUGAGGGGCAGCCUUCUCGCAGUACUCCGGCACUGCAGCCGGCACACACGGAGGUGCCCUCAGCUCUGGUCCUCCCGAAGUGCAAGGAUGUAGAAGAAGGGUCGGAGGACUCCGCCUCCACGAGGGCGCCCUCCUCCCAGAGCACGCCGGACCGUGGCCCCUCGCACCCUCCCUUGGACAUGUGGUCACUGUCCAAUCCGGAAGCUGUCGACGAAUUUGGUGAUGACGUGCUUGUGGAGGUUUGGAGCAAUGGUCAACGCCACGCGAUCGGCAUCGAGGGUGAUCCAGAUGAUGCUGACCAUGAGCGAGACCAGCGCAUGGCAGUCCCGCUGCGUGUUUUGCAGCUUCUUGCAGAGGAGGCCCGAACACGCCAGCGCCGGCGACAACGAGAAUCCGAGGAAGAGAUUGAGGAAGAUGAGGAGGAGGAGAAUCCUCAGUCAGCCCAGGUCGAAGAAUCUGCAUGGAACAACGGUGACGAGGCCUGGACCUGGGAAGACGACCUGGAGGAAAUGGAGCUGGAACUGGAAGGCGAGCCUCCAGGUAUCGUGUGGCUGGAGCAGACCAGCGAUAUGCAGGAUAUCGAGGAAAUGCAGGAGGACGUGCGCAUGUUCUGA